AUGCUGGACUACUGCUGCUGCUUCACCCGCGGGGGGGUUUUGCUGUGGGGCUUUUGCUUCUCCAAGGCGCCCCUGAAGUCCUUAUGUCAGCUCAUUGAGAAUGUCCUCUUAGAGGAGCGCGCUGGCAGCAGCAGCGCGAACUUCGGGGGUUUGUCUUUUCAGUGGGUUUGUUUAAACCCUUUGCAGCUUUUUUUUGCUGCUGCUUAUUCGGGGCUUCGAAAUGUGGCUCUCGUCGAUUUGCUGCUGCAGCAAACUGCUGCUGCCUUCGCGCAGCACGUGCACGGCCUCAGCGACAUGCUGGACUACCCGCUGAAGGUGGGCGGCGGCCCCGACCCUUUUGACGAGACCUUUUUGCACAUAUUGGCUCGGGCGCAGCAGAAGCGGCAGGAGGCGCCACUGCAGCAGCAGCAGCAGCAGCAGCAGCAGCGGCAGCAGCAGCAGCAGCACGGCAGAAACAGGGAGACCAAGCAGGCCAAAAAGACCAAAGACAAAGGGGGAAGCCCCAAGGCUGCUGCUGCUGCUGGCUACUGGACCGAAAACAAAGUGACAAAGAAAAGCAUGGAGGCCCUUGACUACAGCAAGAAGACAGGGAACGGCGACGAGGCUGCGCAUGCAAUAGAGCGCAAAACAUAUGGUGCUGAUUCGGACAGCCAGUCUUCUGAAGAGGAAACAGAAGCAGCAGCAGCAGCAGCAGCAGCAACAGCAGAAGGCAGCUGGCUCAGCUUCUUGCCCAAAUCGCUGCAGAAAAUAGCAGCAAAGAACGUGGCUGAAGAGGUCACGGACUUGCUGCUGCUGAGUGUCAAAAAAAACCUCUUGGGCACCAGGACCCCCACUCUGGUGUCUGUACACCAGACGGUCAAGAGGGCUGUCAAAGAGGCCAUUGUGAAACUCCUCACCCCAAAACGGUCCGUUGACGUGUUGGGGCUUUGUCUGCAAGCCCGCGCGGAGGGCCGCGUCUUCUCAAUUGUCUUCCUCGGCAUCAACGGCGUCGGGAAGUCCACCAACCUCGCCAAAGUCGCUUACUACCUGAAACACGUGAGCAGCAGCAGCAGCAGCAGCAGGAGUAGCAGCAGCAGCAGCGGCAGCAGCUGCAGCAGCAAGAGGAGGAGCAGCAGCAGUAGGAGCAGCAGUAACUGCCGCGGCAACAGCAAGCGUAGCAGCAGCAGCAGCAGCAGCCACAGCAGCAGCAGCAGCAGCAGCAGCAGCAACAGCAGCAAUUUGCAUGCGGGCCUGUGCCUGGAAAUUCCCCUUUUUGAAAAGGGCUACGGCAAAGACGCAGCAGCAAUUUGCAAAGAAGCUCUUGCGCAUGCAAAGGAGACUGGGGCUGACGUCGUUUUGGUCGACACUGCGGGCCGCAUGCAGGACAACGAGCCUUUGAUGCGGGCGCUCGCGAAACUUGUGGAUUUAAAUAAUCCAGAUUUAAUUCUUUUUGUUGGAGAAGCUCUUGUGGGAAACGACGGAGUGGACCAGCUCAAGAAAUUCAACCAGGCGCUCGCCAACAACCCCACCAAAGUAGGAGCUGCCCUUAGCAUGGCUUACAUCACGGGGCAGCCAAUUGUCUUCGUGGGCACUGGCCAGAAGUACCAAAACUUGAAAAGGCUCAACGGCAGAGGAGAGAGUCAGCAGCAGCAGCAGCAGCAGCAGCAGCAGCAGCGGUGGCGUUGCUGCUGCUGCAGCUGGGACGCAUGCAUGCGGAACGAAUGCAUGCGGCAGGAGCAGCUGAGGUGCAUGCAUGCAGCAGCAGCAGCUUUACCUGACUGA